AUGUCGUACGAUUAUCUCUUCAAAAUCGUCUUGGUUGGAGACUGUGGCGUCGGAAAAACUCAGAUUCGAAACAGGUACACCUUGGACGAAUUUAAUCCUCAGUCGAAGAGUACGAUAGGAGUAGAAUUUGCUUUCAAAACUGUGAACAUCGACGGGAAUGAAGUGAAAGGGCAAAUUUGGGAUACAUCUGGCGAGGAGCGUUAUCGGGCGAUCACAUCCGCAUAUUAUCGAGGCUCCGUCGGGGCAGUUCUGGUGUAUGACGUGACUAAGCCAAAAACCUUCGAGGCGUUGGAGAACUGGGCUUCUCAACUUAGACAAUAUGCAGAUGAAAACAUCGUCGUCUGCGUCGUUGGAAAUAAGAUAGAUUUGCCGACACGAGAAGUCAGUACUGCGGAAGCAGAAAGAUUCGCCCGAGGAAAUGGUUUUUUCUACAUGGAAACCUCCGCUCUAGAUGGUACUGGUGUUGAAUCUGCUUUUCGCCAAGUUAUGAAGAAGAUCUUCGAGAUCGUUGACAGUAGACAGCAAGCUAGAAAGAAGACUGUUCGCGCGGGCUCGAUUGGCAAAACAAGAUCUAUAAAAUUAACUGAUGCAGAUGACGUUGCGGAACCUUCAAAAUUUAGCAGUUGCUGUAAACAAAUGUAG